AUGAAUAAGCAAUAAUAGAGUGUUUCAAAUAGUUUAACGUCCAUAUGGAGUAAAAGGACUUCUUUUGAAACAAUCUAAAAUGAAGCUCUUUCUUCUGAACUCGAUAAUAGUACUUAAGACAUUUCGAAAUAUCAUUUUGUCAUUGGAAUUUUAAAACCUGGAUAGAAAAGGAUAGGCUUGAUAGCUAUUAACAAAAAUAAACUAUCAAUUGCAGGCAUCCUAGGAAUAAAAAAAAUUUAGAAAUGA